CCCCUGCCCCGAGGGGCGCUCCGGCGGAGGGAAGCGUCCCCGUGCGCACCAGCUGGAUGGCGCGGACCCUGAGACCCGACGACAUCAACCCCCGGACGGGGCUUGUGGUGGCUCUGGUCAGCGUCUUUCUGGUGUUCGGCUUCAUGUUCACCGUGUCUGGCAUCAAGGGAGAGACCCUGGGAGACAUCCCGCUGCUGGCCAUCGGGCCGGCCAUCUGCCUGCCGGGCAUUGCCGCCAUCGCCCUCACCAGAAAGACCGACGGCUGCACCAAAUGUCCCGAGAACAUGCGUCCGUGCUGUAAGGAAGUCAGGGACCGGGAUGUCAUGGAGCUGCUAAGGACCCCCUCGGACCUGGAGUCUGGCAAGGGAAGUUGUGACGAGCUGGCCAGGAAAGCUUACCGCAAGGACAGGAGAGGGCUGAGGGGAGAGGACACGGUGUUCAUCUGCACCACCAGCACCACCGCCGCUGCCACGGCAGAGUGCAAGAGCCUCACCAAAAAGGUGGAGCAGGAGGAGAUGCUGAAAUACCUGGAGAGCUGUUACCCAGAGAUGCCAGAGAAUGUGUUCGUGGGAGAUGGCUCCACAUACAGUGCCUUGGAGAAGAAGAGCUCUUCUCCCAGCAGGGACAGCACUCCUUGCCCUGACAUUGAAGACAACAUUUUUGUGGCUCCUAAAGAUAGUAUCAUUGUCUGCUCUUACAAGGAUAACAGCCCUUAUGACAGGUACUGUUGUUACAUAAACCCCACUGGAGUCAAUUCAGACCAGGAGACCAUUGUGUGAAAGAUGCAUACUUUAUAUAUAUGUAUGUAUACAAAAACUGAAACUUCAACUUCUUGAUAGGGGAUAAUAUAGCUGACUGCAUGGGACAAUCCUGAUACUAUUUCAAUUUAAAGUGGUAUGUGACUGAUACUCAAACCUUUUGUGCCUGAAGUACGCUUUCUGUAAGUAAACAAGCAUGUUUAAAGGUUAAAGAACUCAAUUUUUCAUUUUUUGAAAAAAAAAAGAAAUUUAAUUUUAAUUUUAUUUUCUCCCUUUCCCUCCCUUUUGUUUUACUGUUGCCUGUUGUACCCAAGCCUGUAGGCACACUGGCAGGAGGGCAGCAGUGGCUGUCAGCUGAGAUCAAGAGCUGAAUGAAACUCUGGAGCUGUCUAUAGGAAUAGUGGUGCUUUAUGGCUGAAUAGAUUUCUGAAAUACUGUCACUUCAUUUUGGGAGGAACUGAGAGAUGUCAGCAUGAACUCCAAUAGCUGCCUGAUAUCAGGGAGUGUAGAAAUCAUUUGCCUCCCUUCGUUCUUGCUGGAUUUUAUUUUCCUUUGUGUCAAGGAAUAGAUGUCCAGACCCCAUGGGCUCUUCUGAAAGUCUCCUAGGAACCAUAUAGGCUCAGGAGAAUUUUCAAAGACUAACCCAUCAUCAAUAGCAUGAACAUAGAUGUGUUAGCUUAAUUUUCCACUGGUCUAGAGUUCACUGGAAUGUUUCUCAUACUUUUGGAUUUUUGAGGCAUACUUGACAGGGAGAAUGCAACAUGAAUAUGACAGUUCUUGCAGAGACUAGGAGCAGAUGUCAGUGAACUCAGGUCUUUAAAAUAUAUUUCAGUACCUCAAAAAUCGCUUCAGGAAUAGACUUCUGUGAGUUAUGUUCUGAGUGGGAUCUGACUCUUCUGAAAAUGCCAUUUUCUUGUGCCUUUUCUAAAAUGCCAGAUGUUUCUGUAUGGGGGAUGCAUGGUGACAGUCCACUCAGGGGUCUCAAAGCCAUGCUUUGCUGGGAGAAGGGAACAGAGGACCUGACUGACAGAUGGUUUUUUCACAGCUUAUGGAUACGUAGCAAGAAAAUGUGAAGUGGGUAAUGAAUAUUAACCACUCAAAUUCAGAGCCUGCAGUUUACAUACUGAAAUACAAAUCCUGGCUAUUCUGUCCAACACUAAGUUGCAUGUUCCAUGCUAUGCAUAAACAUCUUACCUGACCUCUACGAUGUAGGGAACAGAGAUGUGGAGUGACACAGUGUGCAUGCUAAGCGGCUACUCUAGGUGUUCAGGUCUUAGGGUAAUGGUUGCUAAAGCAUAGAGGAAUUUGCUAACAUCUCACAAAGUCCCAGUUCCUAUAAGCAAACUCCCAGAACACCAAAAAGUUCCUGUGUGAUGAAAGUCUUAAUAGCUGCUCCUACUUAGGUGGUUUUUGUCAACCAUAGGUUGUACCAGACAAAUGUAUUGAAUUAUCAGAGUAGGAAAUAAGAAGAACAGCCUUUCAUUUGUAACUACCUGAGAUGUUGUGUAGAAAAUGAAAAGGAAUUUUGCACUCAAAUGAGGCUUUCCAUGCCUAUGGAAUUGUUUGGAAAGUGAAUGUAAAUUUUAUACAUAUACUUAUGUGUGUAUUUGUUUGUUUGUUGAGAAACUUAUGUCAAAUCGUAACAGACAACCAGUCUCUGAACAUGGUUCCAGAAGAAGAAAACAAUUUUCUGGCUAGCUUGGAGUCUUUCAGACCAAAUAAGAUGUUGACCCUUUGGCCAGGCUUUCGUGGGCAUCUGGAUACUACUAGGAUAAAUUCAAAAAACACUAGCUAGUUGAAGUCAGGCAAAAACUCUGAAUAGGUGGUUACAGGCAGCUGUGCUGCUCAGGCAUGCAGCAACAGUACUGUGGUAACAAAUGGAUACCUGCACUCUGUGCACCCCAGGUUUUAUCGAAUGAGAAAAGGAAUUCCACAAAAAACAGGCCCUCUCCCUGACAUGUUCGACUUCCACAUAAAAGCAUUCGGUUGAUGUCAGCAGCUUGCCUCCUGCUUAGGCUUAGUCACUGCAGGACCUGAUUCUGCAAUGUGCAGAGCAAGUCUUUGCUGGCACCAGAAGUCUUAUUUCAUGACCUGUGAAGCCAACAGCUAAAAUGCUGCUGAUGAACGUCAUGACAAACAGGGUCUUUUGUUUUCUGCUUCUAAGCACAGCAGGUGAGGGUUCUCAUUGUGUGCCCAGGGGUGCUCAGCAUCCCUGGGGACCAGACCCACCAUGAGAAAACAGGCUACUGCCUGCUGCCUUUGACAGGCUUCUGAGUAAUCGCUUGCCUUGCAGAAGACAGCCAGGCACCAGCCCGCUGGGAACCUAGAUUUGUACAGUUCUGCAAAUAUAUAUAUAGGAAGAAGUCAAGUUUCUCCAUUUUGUCUAGGAUUAGAUGUUCUCUGUCAAAAGUUACGUGGGCUUUUUCAAGACAAGACAGCAAACUCUAGUAACAAAUGGAAUAGUAAAUAUAUAAUGAUAUACAGACAUGCAGAUCUGAGUCAUGUGCUUUAUUCCGUUUUUAGUGUAAAAACAAGAGAAUGCUUGUAUUCAAGCAAAGUUUAAUGGGAGUGAAAACUUCUCACAAUAUAGAAAGAGGUAUAAAAAAACACGUUUAAAAUCUGAUAUUUACAGGCAAUGACAUCCAUCCAUUCAUUCAGCUAAGAUUUCACAAUAAAAUAAAACUUUAAGCAAUAUUUUUGGGCUAAUAUACCAUAAUCCUCUAGAUUUGUUUAUUGAAAGUGUGAGAAUUUGAAAUUAGAGAAAUAAAUUCGUACUGCCUCUGAAAUCUCUUUAUUUUUCCUUUUUUUUCCCCUGCUACUUUACUAGAGGAUGAAAUGGAAAUUGAUGAAUUUGGCCAUUAAAAAUAUGAAUUUUGAAAUUUGAAAAUGGCAGGGGUUUAGACUUUUUGUUUGUUGGGGGGUUAGGUAUUAAGGUUUGGGUUUUGUUUUGUUGUUUUGGGGGUUUCAUGGUUCUGUUGGUUUGAGGUAUUUUUAUAAUAAAGUGACCAUUUAUAGUUUUGCCAGUAGAAAUCUAAUGCAUAUUUGAACACUGACAUUAUGACAGCAUUUUCAAAAUUUUUAUGCAGAUAAUAUGCCCAGAUCAGAGAGCACCUAGGACUUGAUUUUCAUUUAGCUCACAUGGACACUAGAACUUGUGGUCUUAGAACAAGCAGGAAUAAUUACUUUGCUUUUCAGAGGCAGCUUCUAGUCUGAAUUUGGCUUCAGGAUACCACAGCUUGGGGUGUGAUUCCAAGCUGUGACCAGAGAUGACAGCUUCUUUCUGUUCUUGCUACAUUAAAAAACCUUUGGGUCAGAGUCCCACUUCUCUCCUCAAUGCUCUCUUCCAUGAAGUUGUAGGGGAGCUCAGUUUGGGGGAUAAAUAUCUUGGGGGAUAAAUGUCUUGUGAAUCACAUAUUGCUUAGUCCUAAAGUGGCAGGGUGUAUAAA